CUACCGGCAAUGCAACGUGUCCAUGCGAUAUUGAUGAAAGAAUAUCGUAAAACUUUUAAAGCACCUUUCGAUGGGCCUCAAACCACCUUGACAACAUUUGACCUUGGCAUUGCCGAUCAGUUGUACACACGAGAGAGCCAUGGCUUCAGUAUUUGGGGAUAUUGAGAUCGCACCGCCAAUCGAAGUGUUUAAUUUAACAGCACAGUACAAUGAAGACAGUCAUCCAAACAAGGUUAAUCUCGGGGUUGGAGCUUACAGGACAGAUGAGGGUAAACCAUGGGUACUCCCGGUGGUCCGCACAGUGGAGGCCCAGAUGGCAACAGAUCCCACACUGAACCACGAGUACCUCCCUAUAGCGGGGAUGCCUGAUUUCAGAUCAGCUGCCCUCAAACUACUCCUGGGAGAAGACUCCCCAGCACUUAGUGAAAACAGGGUAGAAGGUGUCCAGUCUAUUGGGGGCACUGGAGCAAUUAGAAUUUGUGCAGACUUCUGUAAGAAAAUGCUGGGAUAUGAUACAAUGUACACAUCCAGUCCAACAUGGGGUAAUCACAUGGGUAUAUUCAAAAGCUGUGGAUAUUCUAAUGUAAAACAGUACAGAUACUGGGACGCUCAAAAUCGCACCAUUGACUUUAGUGGAAUGAUGGAAGACUUGAAUGCAGCACCAGAGAAGUCAGUAGUGAUAUUCCAUGGCUGUUGUCACAAUCCUACAGGAAUCAACCCCACAGAAGAACAGUGGAAAGAAAUAGCCGAUCUAGUGGAGAAGAAAAAGUUUUUGGUCAUGCUGGAUGAGGCAUAUCAAGGUUUUGCCUCUGGAAACCUGGAGCAGGACGGAUCUGUUGCACGCUACUUUGUUAAAAGGGGAUUUGAAUUUUUUGUCUCACAAUCAUUUUCCAAAAACUUUGGAUUAUACAAUGAAAGAAUAGGAAACUUAGCUAUAAUCUGUGCAAAUAAAGAUGCCAAGCUGCGAGUGAAGUCUCAGAUGGAGAUGGUUGUGAGGACAACCUGGUCAAAUUCACCCAAUCACGGAGCUAGAAUUGUCGCAUCAGUACUCAAUAACCCAGCAUACUAUGCAGAAUGGAAAGAGCACGUGAAAACGAUGUCGGAUAGAAUCAAGAUGAUGAGAGAGAUGCUCUUCCAGAAAUUGAAGUCACUAGGCACGCCCGGAAAAUGGGAUCACAUCAUCGAACAGAAAGGGAUGUUCAGCUUUACAGGAUUAAAUCCUGGACAAGUUGACAUUUUGAUAAAGAAAUACCACAUCUACCUAUUGAAGAAUGGUCGCAUCAAUAUGUGUGCUUUGACAACUGCAAAUAUGGAAUAUGUAGCUAAUGCCAUCCACUCAGCCAUUACUGAAUGCAAGCUUUGAAAAACCUUAGAUCUAGGAUGUCAAACAAUGAAAAGUACUUGAUUAAAUUAGUGGUUGAUCGUUUAAUGUGAUACAUGUACAAAGAAAAUAUUUACAUUAUAUUUCAUUUCAAUACUGAUUAUGUCAUGAUUAUAAUUUAAAAUUAUUGACACAUAAUGACUAUAUGUAUACAUGUAUGUAUUGAUUCAAAUCCUGUGUCAAUCGAUGCAUCUUUUUCAGGACUUUAGAUUUAUAAAUACUGUGCCAAAUUUAAAGACCUCGUCCUUAA